GCGAUCUGGCAACGCCACGUGUGCCGUCGCGCAAUGAUAUGUCGCCUCUGCCUGGACAAUGCGGAGCACAGCGUGCCGAUCUUCGACCAGGAGGAGCAGCAGCAGGAGGAGGCGCCCUCCCAUCUGGCUGAGCUAAUUGAAAAGCACCUGCAGUUGGUGCUCCUGCCCAACGACGCGGUGUCCAAGUGCCUGUGCACCCAGUGCUGGCAGCAGCUGGCCGACUUCGAGCAGUUCUGCGCCAUGGUGAUGAAGAAGCAGCUGGGCCUGCAGCAGCUGAAAAUGGAGCCUUUUUCGGAGGACGACGAGGAUGCGGACACCAAGGCGCAGAUCCUGUGCGAGCCGGAGAUCGAUGUGAGUCCCGCGCCGGCGGACAACGAGGAGUGCAACGAGAUCGAUGGCGAUGCGAGCAGCAAGAGCAGCAGGAGCAGCAGCAGGAUGCCCUCGCCCAUCAGGCGAACAAUGCGACCAAGGGCGGCGGCAGCACCCAAAAGCCGGGUGGCCAAGGCGAAGGCCAAGACGAAGCGCCACCAGGAGGAAGCGGACGAGGAUGAGGAGGCGGAGGGUGACCCAGAAAGCCGUAGCACCAAUAGCCGCGAAAUGGACAGCUACAUCGCGCUGCAUGGCCGCCUGGAGUGCUGCCUGUGCGGCGGCAGCGACGACGAUCAGUUCCAGAGCUUCGCCGAGAUGAAGCGUCACUUCCGCAGCCAUCACCAGUCCGCCGGCUAUGUGGUCUGCUGCCAGCGGCGCUACAAGAAGCGCGCCCUCUACGUCGACCACCUGCGCAUGCACAACGAUCCCGAUUACUUUCGUUGCAAGAUCUGCGCCAAGCAGCUGGUCAGCCGCAUCAGCUACGACGUGCACAUGCUGCGCUUCCACUCCAACGAGGACGAGCUGAGCUUCGCCUGCAAUCAGUGCUCGAAGCGCUUCUCCAAGCAGUUCCUGCUCACCAUUCACUCGCGGGUGCAUCAGCAGGAGCGGAAGGAGCAGUGCAAGCAUUGCGAUAGAUCCUUUCGCACCGCCGUCGAUCUGCGGCUGCACAUGCGACGCACCCACGACCCCGCCUUCGUGCCCUUCAUCUGCGACGCCUGCGGCGCCAAGUUCAAGACGAAGCAGAAUCUGCUCGUCCACAAGCGCACCGUCCACCGCGAGGGCUCCCAGCUGCCGGAGGUGCAGUGCCAGGAGUGCCAGGUGUGGCUCUCCGACGAGAACAGUCUGCGCAAGCACAUGUACAUGCAUCUGGACGCCGCCUCGCUGCGCCAGUGGAAGUGCGAGCAGUGUGGUCUGGAGAAGGGCUCGCGGGCGAAGCUGGCCGCGCACAUACGCUACCAUCAUCCGAAGGAGUAUCACAAGUGCACGCACUGCGGCAAGGAGUUCAAGAGCAGUCGGGGAUUGGAGGAGCACACGGCCACCCAUACGGGACAGGAUCUGUACGAGUGCGCCUUCUGCGAGCGCACGUUCAAGAACUCGGGCAACAUGCACAAGCACCGCAGGCAGAUGCACGCCGCCCAGGUGGCCGCCCUGCAGCAGCAGAAGAAGGUGCGGCCCAGCAGGCGCAAGGACAAGGGCGAUCUGCUCCUGGACGUCCUGGCCGCCGGGGGAAAGGAACUGAAUCACGCCAUGGGCGGGGCAGUAGGAGUGGGCGACAUGAACGACUGAUCGAUUCCAAGGGCCAAAUAAACACACAUUGGAAUUAAGUAA